AUAACUUUAAACAAAAAUAAAGAAUGAUGCAAAAAUUGUUAUCAAAUCUUCAUUAUUCAUAAUAAUUAAUUGCCAUUAUUCAUAAUAAUUAAUUGCCAUAUAUAUGUAAAUCAUAUUAGGUAAUUCCGUAGCUUUUAUUUAAGGAAAGAAUACACACUUCCUAUAUUUUAGGUUAAUAUAAUGUUCUCUAGUGUUAUAUAAUUAUAAAAUAAUGUGACACCAUUAGAUUAAACUAUACUUUAUAUUAGAUGCUCUAGAAUUCUUUGAAAUAGAAUUUAGAAGGCAUUUAGAGUGCCACCUAGGAUUUGGGGUUUUUUUUAAUUAAUACAAAAUUAAGGUUCUAAUUUUUUAAAUACUUCUCAAUUAAUAUAUAGGGGAUUUGUUUUUUAAAAUAAAAAUAUACAAAACUGACAAGGAUUAAAAUCCUUCUGAGAGUUAAUAAUCCCUCAAAAAAGGACUGAUGGUCAAAUACUUUUAUCCCAUCACAAUUGUUGAGGAUGGAGAGCAAAGAAAACAAAUUUGAGUGAUCAGAUUCUUACCGACAAAUUUGAAAAACGAACCAAUUGACUGAAUCCUGGCUAAGAACCGACGGGAAAAUGAUCAAUUUCGACCCCGGUAAUUUCAGUCUUGCCAAAUACGACCCGAACAAAUGGACAGUACCAAAUACAACAUCAACUAAAUUAUAAUUAAAAAAUAUCAUCUUUACUUCUCAAAACGUGUAUAAAUCUAUAUUGACUCUAAUAGAAAUUAGUCAACCGUUAACAAGAUAAAACAACGUCGUUUAAUUUCUUUUAUAACACAUAUGUUUCUUCCGAAACUCGAAUCCUUGUCUUCAUACCCUUUAAAAAGGGUACACUAACCACUAAACUAAAGUAACUUAUUGAAGUAUUUCUUACAAAUUUGAAAUUAUAUAUAUUACUAUACUUCUCAAUCUUAUUCAAUUAAAACUUUGGUGAUGAUUAUUUCUUAUUUAUAUAGAUACAUUAACAUGUUUUUAAUAAUCAUAUAUUUAAUAAACUUAUAUUAUACUAAAGUAUAAAUAAAUAUUUAUACUUAUACGAAAUUUAGCAAACUUAAACUUUGAAACUAUUUAUAAGUUUUUAAUAUAAAUUAUUUUAAAUUUUUAAACCUUGAAUGGUAAGUUUUCUUCAAAAUUAAUAUAAUAUACUAUAUAUUUUAUGUUUUAUAUUUUUAGUUAUUGUUUAAUAUGUCUAAUACUUUGAAGAAAAAAAAUCUAAGUGAAAGAAAGGUAAGAGAAUUCUUAACAUUUUGAACAAAAUAUCACAAAUAUAUAAUAUUAAUCUAAAAAAAUAAAAAAUCCCACUUAAAUUUAAAAUUAAAAAUAAUUUAUAUAAGAAAAUUUUAUAAAUAGCUUCAAAUUUUUAAUUAGUAUAUUUAAUUUCAUAUAAUAAUAAAUAUUUUAUUAUUUAUAUUUUAGUAAGAUAUAAUUUAUUAAAUAUAUGAUAAGUAAAAUACAUGUUAAUGUAUUUAUAUAAAUCAGAACAAUUAUCACCAUAGUUUUAAUUGGAUAAGAUGAAGAUGUAUGGUAGUUUUAUAUAAUUUAAAUUUUUUAAUAAUAUUUCAAAAAGUUAUUUUAGUCUAGUGGUAAUUGUGCCUUUUUAAAAGGGUAUGAAAGCAUGCGUUCGAUUUCUGGAAUGAACAUAUUUUUUAAUAGAAAAUUAGAACAAAACGUUGUCGUUUUAUAAUUUUAACGGUUGACUAAUUUCUGUUAGAGUCAAUGUAGAUUUAACCAAGUUUUAAAAAAUUCGAAUAAUUGUUCAAAAAAAAAAAUAAAAAAUUCGAUUAAUAUUUUUAAAUUAUAAUUGAAUUAAUGUCGUAUUUGACACUGUCUAUUUAUUCAGGUCGUAUUUGGCACAACAUAAAUUGUUGGGUUCGAAAUUGACCUUUUUCCCGAGAACCGACCAACUGUAAUUCGAAAUGUGAAGCCGAUAGAGAUAGCAACAACAAACCCAAAUUUACAUCAAAUGCAUGCCUCUUCAACAAACCCAAAUUUCGGUUAAGUAAUGCGAGUUUGUUUAUUAAUAAACUAAACAGCAAUCAGACACAUUGUUUUUUUUAUAUAGUUUAAUUAAUCACAAUUUGAUUAUCGUCGUUAAAAAUUAGAAAAUGCCUAAACACAGUUGAAAGAUUUGUCGGUUUACGAAGUAAAAAGUGAACCCAUUCCUCUCCAACAUUUUAAAACAUGCCACUCUCUUCUCCACAUGCAUUAACAUUGUUCCUCUCCAAUGGCUCUCUCUUCACUCAGUUUCUAUUUUCUAUGCUUUCUCCUCUUCACUCCUUCCAUUUUCUCGUAUUCAUCUCCGACUUCCCCAAACCCUAAUCAAAUCUCUGCCACAAGUUUCUGCAAGAACGCACCAUAUCCAGAUGCAUGUUUCCACUCUUUAAAACUCUCUCUCUCCAUCAACAUAAGCCCUAACAUUCUGUCUUUCCUCCUUCAAACCCUCAAACUAGCUCUUUCCGAGGCUGGAAAACUCACCGAUCUCCUUUCAGCCGCCGGAAUCUCGAACAACCUCGUUGAGGGCCAACGUGGCUCUCUUCAAGACUGCAAAGAUCUCCACCACAUAACUUCUUCCGUACUGAAACGUUCUCUCUCCAAAAUCAGUGAAGAUGCUAAUGAUCCACGGAAGCUAGCUGCCGCUAGAGCUUACUUGAGCGCUGCUCUCACCAACAAGAACACUUGCUUGGAAGGUCUUGACUCGGCAUCUGGUCCACUAAAGCCAAAGCUCGUGACGUCCUUUACGACCACUUAUAAACACGUAAGCAACUCUCUUUCGGCUCUUUCAAAACAAAGAAAGACCAAUCAUCUUAAAACCAAUAGCAAGACCAAGAACCGCCGGUUACUUGGGUUAUUUCCCGACUGGAUUUCUGGGAAAGAUCGCCGGUUUUUAGAAGAUUCCGGUGAUGAGUAUGACGAGUAUGAGCCGAGUGAGAUCCUCAUUGUGGCUGCUGAUGGAACAGGUAAUUUUACAACUAUUAACGAAGCUAUAAGCUUUGCUCCUAAUAUGAGUAACGACAGAGUGCUGAUAUAUGUAAGAGAAGGUGAGUAUAACGAAAACAUUGAGAUUCCAAGUUACAAGACUAAUAUUGUCCUGAUCGGUGAUGGAUCCGAUGUUACGUUUGUUACCGGCAACCGCAGUGUCGGAGAUGGAUGGACCACUUUUCGAUCUGCUACUCUUGCGGUUUCUGGCGAAGGAUUCUUGGCGAGGGAUAUAACCAUAAUGAACACAGCGGGACCAGAGAAGCAUCAAGCGGUUGCUUUACGCGUUAACGCGGAUUUUGUGGCCUUAUACAGAUGUGUCAUUGACGGUUACCAGGACACACUUUACACUCACUCGUUCCGACAAUUCUACCGUGAAUGUGAUAUAUAUGGAACAAUUGAUUAUAUAUUUGGCAACGCGGCUGUGGUUUUCCAAGGCUGCAACAUAGUCUCAAAGUUGCCAAUGCCAGGACAGUUCACUGUAGUUACGGCACAGUCACGAGAUAGUCCGGAUGAAGACACUGGGAUCUCGAUGCAGAACUGCUCCAUCUUUGCCACGGACGAUUUGUUAAAUAGCUCAACUAGAGUGAAUAGCUAUUUAGGGCGUCCAUGGAGAGGAUAUUCAAGAACCGUUCUAAUGGAAUCUUUUAUUGAUGAAUUUAUUGACCGUUCGGGUUGGACCAAAUGGGCCGGUGGUGAAGGACUUGAUACUCUGUAUUAUGGCGAGUACAAUAAUAACGGGCCAGGUUCUGAUACAAGUAAGCGGGUCAACUGGUCGGGUUAUCACAUUAUGGGUUACGAAGAUGCAUUUAACUUCACGACAACGGAGUUUAUCACCGGCGAUGGUUGGUUAGGCAGUACUUCCUUCCCUUAUGAUAAUGGCAUAUAACACAAAUUUUUGGAACAAGUGUAUAGAAAUCGUUGCCUUCCAACAGGGCCGGCUUAUCUUAGGGGGGUUGUAGCCGGGUUUUAAAAAGUUUCAGCAAAAGUAUAUCUACAUAAUUUUACGGUUUGUGAUAUUGACCAAUCAUCAUAUUUUUUUUUUUUUUUCCUCUAGAUUUUAUUUAUUACAAAAGUAGUAACCAUACAAGUCCAUUACAAAAGGUAUUUAACCCACACGAAAAGCCCAACACAGCUAAACAUUGUAAAGACCAACAACGGUCCAUUGAACCAUUCGCCAACACGAAAGUGGAAACGCAUUGACUACGCAGCCACGUGUUCAAACCACUGUGAAAGAGAAACACGUGGUUGAAAUCACCCCUUCGUCUUCCCGACAUGCAAAUCGACACCGUCGACACGGGAAACCACCGGCUUACCGGAACCAAACCCUGCGAUCAGAGCCACCACAACUCCACGGCAUCCACCAUCCUUGCCAGAGCACUAACCCUCGGAGAGCUUCAAUCAAACUAUUUUUAGAUCUCUUCCGAGCCACACCCACACAGAAUAAACAUCACAUGUACCGGAAUCACCCACUGGCGGAGAACGUCGAUAGACCAUCAUCGAGAUAUCAUCCACCCUCCAACCCUUUAGAACUCAAGAAAGCCAGCCGCCAUCGCCGGAGAAGAAGGCAAAGACGCUGGAGACAAAAGCCGGACGACCAUCGAGAGUAACGACGCGACGCCGGAGACAGAGCCGGCCGACCACCGAAGAAAAAGGUGCGUCGCCGGAGACAAAAAACCGAUCUGGAAAAACUCUCUUAUCUCUACUCCUUGUGAAAGAUUAAAUUUGGGAACAAGGAAAGUAGAGAGAAAAUCCUCUCUCUAAAAGAGAGGAGAGAGAGUCCUCCUGACCAAUCAUCAUAUAUUCAUAUCAGCUACUAAAGAUAUAUUUUUCUUGAGUUCUGUUAUCUGAGUUCCCACUUGUACGAAUGGGAUACCCAUGCGGGUGUGUCUUUUGAACCUUCAAAUUUUUAAAUAAAAUUCGCACCAAUUUUUUUUUUAAAUAAAACAAAGUUGACAUCAUGUAUUCUAUCAGUCGCAUGCAUUUAUGAAGACCGUGAAGUCUAUAUAUAUAAAGAACAGUUUACUCCCUCCUGGUGAUGCCACAUAGGAUUCCACAUCAGAAAGUCGAAGGCCCUGGACGCGACACCUGUCCGCUUCACCAAAACGUGUCGUUUCAUUUAAUUGCGUACGAAAUUGAUAUGGGCUUUAGCUACAAUUUGGAAGUGGACUUUGUAAAAAGCCAUUUGGGCUCAUAAAACAAAACUAAUAGACAUGGACGUUCUUAACAUCGUCUUCUCCGCUUUCUCUUAAGGUUCUUUGUAUCCUGAAGAUAAGAUUAGGUCUAACUCCAAUGGAGGUUGUACGAGGUCGUAUGUCUCAAAAAUUCGUUUGGAAUCACUGUGUCGUUUACGUUGAUGACGUUUCGUUCCUGAUUCAUCGCCUCUCUUACGUUAUAUAAUUAAGUGUUCAUCGCUAUUAACAUCGUUCUUUACUCCUUGGACCCACUCACCCACGAUUCGUCAUUCAAUACUUCUCUUCUCCCUUCUAGGCACCUAUAAAAAGGUGUGUCUUCUUCUCAUAAACAUCAUCCUCACCAAUCCAACUUCGCGAUUUUAAAUGUGCCUGUAUUAAACCGCUCCGGAACCAUCGAAUCCAUUGGCAAGGCAAGUCCAUCUCUCGCUGGAAAUUUGGAAACCAGGAUCGUGCUCUUUUUUUUUGGAGGAGGAUACACAGAAAAGGCUAUUGUAAAACCUUCAAAUCCCCGCCGGUGUCUUUCCAAAAGGUAUAGCGGCUUUCCCUGAAGUGGAGCUUGGUUUCCUUGGAGUAGAACCAGGCUUCUGAAUUCACGUUAUGAUGAUGCAGACGGUGAGCAUCCGAAACCUACACAGUACUCGGCAGUCAGCAGAAGGUUAGCCUCCAGAAGCAAUUACGACGAUGAUGAUGCCACUACGAUGGCUUACUAUGAUGCUAGAAAAUCUUUGGAGUAAGACAGAAAGAAAGAAACUUUUCUUUUCUCAAAAAAAAAAAGGUCGCAUGUUUUCUAGAAGGCGAGAAACGUCCAAUAUCUCCACUGUUGAAAUGCCUAUGUGAUUUGAUUAUCGGCAUAAUUAAUAGGUCACAUGUUUUUUAAAAGGCAUACGAAGACGUUUCGUGUUGUGUGAUUUUAUUUUAAAAACGUUGGUCUAAACCUAAACCCCAUGUGAUUUGAUUAUAGAGAAUAACAACAUAGAAUUCAAACUGUUAAGGUUUUUGUAUUUUAGCCAAAAAUCAUUUUUUUUUUGUUUUUUCAAAAUCUCAAAAGUGAGUAAACUAUAAACACUUACUAUAUUAUUUUAUAUAUUUUCAAAAUAUUGGUUACUGAUUAAAACAUGAAGAUAAAUCGUUAAUUAUUAGUUGCGUAAUUUAAUAUAAAAAGUGCAACAUAAAUAAAAUGUUUUAACUCAAUCAAAUUAUAAAUAAGCCUUCAAACAAAAACAAAUGACUUGCAAAUUGUUAGUCCUGUCAUCAAACAUUUGUCCAGUUUUACUUACAGUACAUAAAUAUUGAAGAAAAACAAUUAAUUAUAUUGCUCCUAACCUUUUUUGUUUCAUAAUAGGAUUUGAAAAUAUCAAAAGUGACAUGUAAAAACAAAAAAAUAUAUACACAAUUCUUAAAUAUAAUAUUUUAAAUUUAAUUUGGUAUAACAUAUUAUAAACUUAGCAAUCACUUGAACUAUAUGUUGCAGAAAUUAAACAGUAGUCUGAUUAAAAAUUACUGGAGCUUUAUUCUACCUUUAGGAACUUAGUUCCAUAUAUAUAAACCGGUUUAGAGCCGUAAGUUUAAUUUUAAUCUUUUUAUUUUUUCAAGUUUAGAGAUUUUGUUAAUUUUUAAAGUGAUGGUUUGAUCAUGACUCCUCUGAAAUUAUUUUUUGGAUCAAAUUAACAAUUAUUUGUAUUAAAUGCAUAAAUAUUUUUUUAAAAAAACACUCUUGCAUUCGUAGUACUAAUAAUGUAACCCCAAAAAAAUGAAAGAGAAAAAAAUCAUUUUUCUUAAAAUCAUCCCAAAUGACUCCAUAAUUAACAACAUCAAACAAAAAAUAAUUAACAACAUCAAACAAACAAAUACAAAAAACAUAUAUAAUAUUUUCACAUAAAAGUUCAAAAUUGACAAUCUUUCAUAACACGACAAAAACAUCCUGACAAAUAAUUUUUUAAGAAAACAUGUCUAAAAGAAAAAAAUCCAACUUACUAAUUAAAAUAUUCAGCUCAUCACCUAACAACUUGAUACGUCAGAAUAACAGGAAAACAUUCAGGUUCAACGAAACUAACUCUCUCGAAGAUGAGAGAAUAGUCGCCUUGGUUCGGUCUUGGUGAGACACCUGAACAAACGCUGGAAUUGCUCUCAGAAACAAGUCUCAAGAAUAGAGAUCUAUGGAUAGAGAAAUAGACAACCAAAAUAAAUAUACCACAUAUAAUCCCUAAUCCAA